UAAGUUUACUUCACAAUUCCGUUUGCAAAUCAAUUUAAAGAUUAUACCGCAGAUUUGAACUGCCAAGAUUUGAAUUUCUUACCAUAUUCAGUCCCAAGUACACCACUCACAAACCCUAUAAAUACAACCACUCGCUCAUACUUCGUUCUCAAUUCUGAAAUCAAUCAACUCUUUUUUUGCAUACAGUGAAUAUGGCUCUUGAGAGACUAAGUUCAUCCAUGUCGGGUCUUCGAUACUAUGAUUUUGAGAGUGUUCGUUUGGACUUGAACAGGAAAAGAAAGCGUUCUUAUUUUUACAGAAAAUCGACGGAUGAUGAAUACGCAGCCUUGACCCUCAUCAUGCUAUCUCAAGACCCUCCAACUACCACUCCCGCCACUGCCAAAGCUAAAGAAUUCAGUCCCCCAGCCGAUGCCGUUACCACCACUCCCGCCGCCAUCAAAGCCAUAAAGUACAAGAAGAAUGUUGAACCAUCUUCUACUACUCAACUGGGCCAGAAGCAGUCGCACAAGUGCAACGUGUGCGGCAAGUCUUUUCCGUCAUGCCAGGCACUCGGCGGCCACAAAACCAGCCACCGCAGUAGACCUCGGUCCACCACCACUACCGCCGCCGCCUCCUCCAAAGACUCCAUCAUCACUAAUGUAUCUGAUUUCAACCCAAGUGGUAGCCUUCAUGAAUGUUACAUCUGCAAUAAGGGUUUUUCCACUGGCCAGGCCUUGGGUGGCCACAUGCGGCGGCACUAUGACGGCAAGAAGAGCAGCGUGAUCACUUCCGAGUGCAGCUCCUCCAGCAAUGGUCGCACACGUCACGACUUCGACUUGAAUCUCUCAAUUUCACCGGAACUUAACUUUGGUUUGACCCUUUACUGCGGCGAGAAAAGUAGGAAGUGGACAGUGCCAUUCCUUGCAAGAAACAGCGUCCGGUAGAAUAUAUAAACUAAUAUACAAAUUGUCUACGUUCUUGAUUUUUCAUGUAUUCUCUCUAGAAAAGAAUUUCUAGGGUUCUUGUUGGUACAGGAAAUAGAAUCUUUAAAUCGAACAAAUUUUACUCUGUUA